AUGGGGAAGUUCUCCUGGCCGUCGGGUGCCACCUACGAGGGUGAGUUCCGAUCGGGUCGGAUGGAUGGUGUUGGUACCUUCACCGGCGCCGAUGGCGACACCUACAACGGCCAUUGGGCGACCAACCGCAAGCAUGGUUUCAGCAGUAAGUCCUAUGCCAACGGCGACUACUACGAGGGUACGUUGCGCUGCAACCUCCAAGGGGCCAUGGGCGUUGCCUGUGGCGAAACGGCAACCAGUACGUGGGUGAGUGGCGCGACGACAUCAUCCAUGGCCACGGCACCCUCAUCUGGCCCAACGGCAACAGCUGCGUCGUUGAGGGAGCUGAAGCAGACAGAUUUUGAUCCAAGGAAGAAGUCCUGGACGAGGUUUCCUCCUGAAGGAACGAAGAUAACUCCUCCUCACCAGUCACCUGAGUUCCGUUGGAAUGACUAUUGCUCUAGCAAAGGGAAGGAGCAGGAGAAGCAAGUGUUUUGGGCCCUGACGCCUCUGAUGUCCAUGUCCUGGGCUAAUGUUGGAGAUGACGACGAUGAUGAUUACUAUGCUACCACGGCGCCGCCCCAGGCUGUUUGGGGAGUAUCGGAGCAGCAACACAAUAAGAAGGUUGAGGAGACCAUAGAGGAGGAAAGUGAAAGUGAGGAUGAUGGUCUUGACAUGGGUGAUGAUGAUGAUGUUGAGGAACCUGAAAAUGAACCAGAGGCUAUUAGGAAAGAACCAACCAUUGAGAAACCUGCUCCUGUUUCAGCACCACCCAAAGAUGUUGAAAGGCAACUGUCAAAGAAGUAGCUUAAGAAAAAGGAAAUGGCAGAGCUGGAUGCACUUCUACAUGAAAUGGGCAUUGCAAAUAAAGAUAGUAAUACUGCACAAAAUGAGACAGCUGACAAGAAGCAAUUGGAGCAAAGUAGUGAAGGGGAGAAGAAAGAAAGUGUUGGUGCUCCUUCAGAGAACAGAAUCUUAAAGAAGAAGAAAUCCAAGAAAGAAAAAUCAUCAAAGGAACAGGAGGAGCAUGAUCAAAAUCAGGAGAAAGGAGACAUUGAAGCUGAAGUGGU